AAAUUAAUGAAUGGGUGGCGAAAAAGCGAACUAAAUUACAUGCUAUUCCAAGGGACUGGAUAGGGAGUAAGACGGUUCGUGUCAGCGGCAGUUUUCCUGACAUGGGUCAUGCAAGGGAGGCUUAGUGCAUUUUCAACAUGGCGACGUCGAAAAGCGCGAACACGUACAACAGACAGAACUGGGAGGACGCGGAAUUUCCAAUAUUGUGUCAAACAUGUCUUGGCGACAAUCCAUACAUUCGAAUGACAAGAGAGACACAUGGUCGGGAAUGCAAGAUUUGCGCACGACCAUUCACCAUCUUCAGGUGGUGCCCUGGUGCCCGGAUGAGGUUUAAGAAAACUGAAAUCUGCCAGACAUGCUCCAAAUUGAAAAAUAUUUGUCAGACUUGUCUUCUAGACCUGGAGUAUGGCUUACCAGUUCAAGUUCGGGACAAGUCUUUAGGGUUAAAAGAUGAAAUGCCCAAAUCAGAUGUCAAUAAAGAGUAUUACACACAAAAUGUGGAGAGAGAACUAGCAGACUCGGAUGGCACCAGCCCUGGCGGUGCUUUGCAAGGCAAGGCAAAUGCCCCAAGUGAUCUUCUUAUGAAGCUUGCGAGGACCACACCCUACUAUAAACGCAAUCGUCCACACAUCUGCUCCUUCUGGGUGAAGGGUGAAUGCAAGAGAGGAGAAGAAUGUCCUUACAGGCACGAUAUGCCCACAGACCCCAAUGACCCUCUUGCAGACCAGAACAUCAAAGAUCGUUACUAUGGUGUGAAUGAUCCAGUGGCCAAUAAGCUGCUAAAGCAGGCCCAGAGCAUGCCCAUGCUGGAUACUCCCACAGAUAGAUCAAUAACAACAUUAUACGUUGGCGGCCUUGAGGGCAAAGUCACUGAACAAGACUUAAGGGAUCAUUUCUAUCAAUUUGGUGAGCUGAGAUCCAUCAGCAUGGUUCCAAGACAAAACUGUGCCUUUGUCUGUUUCACAUCACGCGCAGCAGCAGAAGCAGCUGCUGAUCGUUCAUUCAACAAGCUGAUCCUCAAGGGGCGACGACUGAAGAUAAUGUGGGGCAAGUCACAAGGCCAGCAGCCAGCCCCUGGACGACAGGGCGGCCAUACCCUUACACCAGUUCCUGGACUUCCUGGAGCCCUACCAGCCCCUCCAGCUGAGAAAGAAGACCAGGGAGACUACUUCAACCUCAGUACACCAGCCGCAAACAUGAGGCUACCUCCACCACCACAACACACAGGACCACCGCAGCCACGCCCACCCCAUGGGAUGCUACAGGGUGGUGGCCCACCACAACCUCCCCCAAACCUUCCCCCUCCUCCAGGGGGCAUGAGAGGGAUGCCGCCGCCGCCUCCUAUGGGCAUGUACCCACCGCCAAGGGGCUUCCCACCACCCCCAUUCAGCCCCCCUCCUCCAUUCUACAGAGGGCCUCCGCCUCCUAGGGGUAUGCCACCUCCACCCAGACAACGGAUGCCGUCACAGGGACCACCUCAAGUACACUACCCUUCGCAGGAUCCUCAGAGGCUAGGCGCAGUGAAGGCAAUGGAGAAGGGGGAACCGCCCAAGGCACCGCCUGUGGGAAGUGGAUCAUAAAUAAUCUUGGUACUGUAUUCUCUGGCAUGAAAAGAGCUUGUUGCUGGAUCCAUUACAGAUAUGCAUCCUUAUUAUCCUUGACCCAUGGGGCUAUCCUUGAUGUACAAGUGUUGGAGAGCAAACAAAAUAAGUAGAACUCACCCAGGGGAUAUGGGGAUUUAUGUGAUUUCUACAGUACUCUAUAUGACAAAUGUGAACGCAAGCAUCUGUUAUGUUUUUUGUAUACCACUCUCCAUGUCGACAACUUGUGGUGAUUCACAGUUUACAGAUUAACUUCAACAGCUAUAUUCCAUCAUAAGCAUACAUCACUAUGUUUUGAACACAGCUUCUUUAGGUGUGUUUAUUUUAUUUUUAACUGUACAAAAAAACAACAAAAAUAAAUUGUGUAUCAAGA